UGUCAAAGAACUAUUUUCAGCGACGGGAGUUCUCAUUCACACUCCGUGAUGAUAUCUAUGUGCGGUAUCAGUCUUUCAACACCCCACAGGAGUUGGAAAAAGAAAUCCAAAAAUUAUGUCCAUAUAAAAUUGACAUUGGAGCCGUGUAUUCACACAAGCCUAUCCAGCAUAACACCGUCCACAUGGGUGCUUUUCAAGCUCAGGAAAAGGAAUUGGUGUUUGAUAUAGACCUGACAGAUUAUGAUGAUGUUAGGGAAUGCUGCAGCUCUGCAGACAUCUGCUCCAAAUGCUGGACCCUCAUGACAAUUGCCAUCCACGUUAUAGACCGAGCCCUUGUGGAGGACUUUGGCAUUCAGCACAGACUGUGGGUGUAUUCAGGACGCAGAGGGGUCCAUUGCUGGGUGUGUGAUGCUGCUGUCAGGAAGUGGUCUUCAACUCUCCGCUCUGCUGCAGUGGAAUAUCUCUCCCUAGUCAAGAGCAUCAUUGGAUAUAGUGACACGUUACUUCAAAGAAUAUGCUCUCGUUGGUCAGGACAUACUUGAAAAUAAAGAAAAAUGGGAAAAAGUGUUAGCUUUGGUUCCAGAGACAGAUCAAGAUUAUCUUCGUGCCGAAUUCCGUAAAAAGCAUAAUUCAGAGCAACGCUGGGAAGUUCUGGAAAAAAAGAAAAUGGUACACGCUGAAAGGGAGAUUAUGCUGCAAUACUGUUUUCCCCGCCUGGAUAUGAACGUUAGCAAAGGCAUCAAUCAUUUGCUGAAGAGCCCUUUCAGCGUUCACCCAAAGACAGGACGCAUUUCAGUUCCAAUUGACCUGAAGAAAUUGGAUGACUUUGAUCCAUUUGUUGUCCCCACUAUAAGCCAACUCUGUCAUGAGCUGGACAUGAUUGGAAAAGAUGAAGGAAACGGAAAGGAAACUGAAGGUCUGCUGGAAAGCUCUCGUAAAAGCCGAGAUUAUAAGAAAACCAGUUUAGCUCCAUAUGUGAAAGUCUUUGAACAAUUCUUGGAAGAAAUGGAGAAAUCUUACAAAGGACAACGUUUGAAAGAUAGCGACAUGCAGAUGGAUUUCUGAAGUUUUGAAGACACAGUGCAUUGUCACAGGGCAGUUUCCUGUGGUCAGAUAAUUGUAGACCUCUUGACUGUUACUAGAUUUGUGCACAAACCAGCCAUUUACAGACACAGUCAAACAGGCUUUUCUUGCUGAAGAAGAAGUGAUAAAAGUGUUAAUAAGCCAUUCAGGUUCCAACAGCUGAGCACAACAUAAAAUAAAUAUUUGGUUUUGCAUAACAUGGGAGUGUAAUCAGUGGAUACACAUAUGUCAAACAGGAAACAAUAGGGGUUUAUAUUACUGAAUACUGCAGUAACAUACACAUUUAUGCUUUAUUUGACAUGACAUUACAAGCAAAUAUCAGGC